GCGGCUGCGGGCGGAGCUUCGCGAGGAGCGACGCGGGGCCGUCAGACGGCGGCAGCUUUGGGAGGCGCCGGCGCGAGGCCGAGGCGCUCCCCGUCCGCAGCAGCUGCCACCGCCGGCGCGUCGCCGCGCCCCGGCUGCCAGUGCUCCCGCCCUCCCCGCGCCACGGCCCUCGAUGCGGGGCCGGGCCGCUGCGUGAUGGGGCUGCGGAGCGGCGCCCUGCGGCUCGCGGCAGCCGCUGCUCGCGCUGAGGAGCGUCGGUGCCGGGCCCCCCGCGCCCCCGCGCGUCGCGGCGCCUGCUGACCCGGCCCGCCAGUCGCCCGUCGGUCCGCAGCGCGGCUGAGGAAACUUGAACAUAACUUCAAAAGAAGAUUUGAUUUUUUAUUUCUGGACUGCAUAUAUAUAACAAGACCAUCAGAAUGUCGGGAGCCUCAGUGAAGGUGGCUGUGCGGGUUCGGCCCUUCAAUUCUCGAGAGACCAGCAAAGAGUCCAAGUGCAUCAUUCAGAUGCAAGGCAACUCGACCAGUAUUAUUAACCCAAAGAACCCAAAGGAAGCUCCAAAGUCCUUUAGUUUCGACUACUCCUACUGGUCUCACACCUCGCCUGAAGAUCCCUGUUUUGCAUCUCAAAACCGUGUGUACAAUGACAUUGGAAAGGAAAUGCUCUUACAUGCCUUUGAGGGAUAUAAUGUCUGUAUUUUUGCCUAUGGGCAGACUGGUGCUGGGAAAUCUUAUACAAUGAUGGGUAAACAAGAAGAAAGCCAGGCUGGCAUCAUUCCACAGUUAUGUGAAGAACUAUUCGAGAAAAUCAAUGACAACUGUAAUGAAGAAAUGUCUUACUCUGUAGAGGUGAGCUACAUGGAAAUUUACUGUGAACGAGUACGAGACCUGCUGAAUCCAAAAAACAAGGGUCAUUUGCGUGUGCGUGAACACCCACUUCUUGGCCCAUAUGUGGAGGAUCUGUCCAAGCUGGCAGUCACUUCCUACACAGACAUUGCUGACCUCAUGGAUGCUGGGAACAAAGCCAGGACGGUGGCAGCUACCAACAUGAAUGAAACAAGUAGCCGUUCCCAUGCUGUGUUUACCAUUGUUUUCACCCAGAAGAAACAUGAUACUGAGACCAACCUUUCCACUGAGAAGGUCAGUAAAAUCAGCUUGGUGGAUCUAGCAGGAAGUGAACGAGCUGAUUCAACUGGUGCCAAAGGGACUCGAUUAAAGGAAGGAGCAAAUAUUAAUAAGUCUCUCACAACUCUGGGCAAAGUCAUUUCAGCCUUGGCAGAGGUGAGUAAGAAGAAGAAGAAGACUGAUUUUAUUCCUUACAGGGAUUCUGUACUUACUUGGCUCCUUCGAGAAAAUCUAGGUGGCAAUUCUCGGACUGCAAUGGUUGCUGCUCUGAGCCCAGCAGAUAUCAACUAUGAUGAAACUUUGAGCACUCUGAGAUACGCAGAUCGUGCAAAACAAAUUAAGUGCAAUGCUGUUAUCAAUGAGGACCCCAAUGCCAAACUGGUUCGUGAAUUAAAGGAGGAGGUGACACGGCUGAAGGAUCUUCUUCGUGCUCAGGGGCUGGGAGAUAUUAUUGAUAUUGAUCCAUUGAUCGAUGAUUACUCUGGAAGUGGAGGCAAAUAUCUGAAAGAUUUUCAGAACAAUAAGCAUAGGUACUUGCUAGCCUCUGAGAAUCAACGCCCUGGCAAUUUUUCCACAGCAUCCAUGGGGUCCCUUACUUCAUCUCCAUCUUCCUGCUCACUCAAUAGUCAGGUGGGCUUAACAUCUGUGACCAGUAUUCAGGAGAGGAUCAUGUCUACACCUGGAGGAGAGGAAGCCAUUGAACGUCUAAAGGAAUCGGAGAAGAUCAUUGCUGAGCUGAAUGAGACCUGGGAGGAGAAGCUGCGUAAAACAGAGGCCAUCAGAAUGGAGAGAGAGGCCUUGUUGGCUGAGAUGGGAGUGGCCAUUCGGGAAGACGGAGGAACCCUGGGAGUUUUUUCACCUAAGAAGACCCCACAUCUUGUUAACCUCAAUGAGGACCCACUAAUGUCUGAAUGCCUGCUUUAUUACAUCAAAGAUGGAAUUACAAGGGUUGGCCAAGCAGAUGCUGAACGGCGCCAGGACAUCGUGCUGAGUGGGGCUCACAUUCAAGAAGAGCAUUGUAUCUUCCGGAGCGAGAGAAACAACAGUGGGGACGUUAUUGUGACCCUAGAGCCCUGUGAACGCUCAGAAACCUACGUAAAUGGCAAGAGGGUGGCCCAGCCCGUUCAACUCCGCUCAGGAAACCGUAUCAUCAUGGGUAAAAACCAUGUGUUUCGUUUCAACCACCCGGAGCAAGCACGGGCAGAGCGGGAGAAGACUCCUUCUGCCGAGACCCCCUCUGAGCCUGUGGACUGGACAUUUGCCCAGAGAGAACUUCUGGAAAAACAAGGGAUUGAUAUGAAGCAGGAGAUGGAGAAAAGACUUCAGGAGAUGGAGAUCCUAUACAAAAAGGAGAAGGAAGAAGCAGAUCUUCUCUUGGAGCAGCAGAGACUGGACUACGAGAGUAAGUUGCAGGCCUUGCAGAAGCAGGUUGAGACCCGCUCCCUCGCUGCAGAGACGACAGAAGAGGAGGAAGAGGAGGAAGAAGCUCCCUGGACACAACAUGAAUUUGAGCUGGCCCAGUGGGCCUUCCGGAAGUGGAAGUCUCACCAGUUUACUUCAUUAAGGGAUUUACUCUGGGGCAAUGCUGUUUACCUGAAGGAGGCCAACGCCAUCAGCGUUGAACUGAAGAAGAAGGUGCAGUUUCAGUUUGUUCUGCUGACGGACACAUUGUACUCCCCUUUGCCUCCGGAAUUACUUCCCACUGAGAUGGAAAAAACUCAUGAAGACAGGCCUUUCCCUCGUACUGUGGUGGCGGUAGAAGUCCAGGAUCUGAAGAACGGAGCGACACAUUAUUGGUCUUUGGAGAAACUCAGGCAGAGGCUGGAUUUGAUGCGAGAGAUGUAUGACAGGGCAGGUGAGGUGGCCUCGGGCGCCCAGGAUGAAAGCGAAGCCACUGUGACUGGCAGUGAUCCGUUUUAUGACCGGUUCCAUUGGUUCAAACUGGUAGGAAGCUCCCCCAUUUUCCACGGCUGUGUGAAUGAGCGCCUUGCUGACCGCACACCCUCCCCCACUUUUUCCACGGCCGAUUCCGACAUCACUGAGCUGGCUGACGAGCAGCAAGAUGAAAUGGAGGAUUUUGAUGAUGAGGCGUUCGUGGAUGACACCGGCUCUGACGCAGGGACGGAGGAGGGAUCAGAUCUCUUCAGUGACGGGCAUGACCCGUUUUACGACCGAUCCCCAUGGUUCAUUUUAGUGGGAAGGGCAUUUGUUUACCUGAGCAACCUGCUGUAUCCUGUGCCCCUGAUUCAUAGGGUGGCCAUUGUCAGUGAGAAAGGUGAAGUGCGGGGAUUUCUACGUGUGGCUGUGCAGGCCAUUGCAGCGGAUGAAGAAGCUCCUGAUUAUGGUUCCGGAAUUCGACAAUCAGGAACAGCUAAAAUAUCUUUUGAUAACGAGUACUUUAAUCAGAAUGACUUUUCUUCAGUUGCAAUGACUCGUUCUGGUCUAUCCUUGGAGGAACUGAGGAUUGUGGAAGGACAGGGUCAGAGUUCUGAGGUCAUCACUCCUCCAGAAGAAAUCAAUCGAAUGAAUGACUUAGAUUUGAAGUCAGGCACUUUGCUGGAUGGUAAGAUGGUCAUGGAAGGGUUUUCUGAAGAGAUCGGCAACCACCUGAAACUGGGCAGUGCCUUCACUUUCCGAGUAACUGUGCUACAGGCCAGUGGGAUCCUCCCCGAGUAUGCAGAUAUCUUCUGUCAGUUCAACUUUUUGCAUCGCCAUGACGAAGCAUUCUCCACUGAACCCCUCAAAAACAACGGCAGAGGAAGUCCUCUGGGCUUUUAUCACGUGCAGAAUAUUGCAGUGGAGGUCACUGAAUCAUUUGUGGACUAUAUCAAAACCAAACCGAUAGUAUUUGAAGUCUUCGGGCAUUAUCAGCAGCACCCACUUCAUCUGCAAGGACAGGAACUUAACAGCCCGCCUCAGCCAUCUCGUCGCUUCUUCCCUCCGCCCAUGCCGCUCUCCAAGCCAGUUCCAGCCACCAAGUUAAACACCAUGAGCAAAACCAGCCUUGGCCAGAGCAUGAGCAAGUAUGAUCUUCUGGUUUGGUUUGAGAUCAGUGAACUGGAGCCUACAGGAGAGUACAUCCCAGCUGUGGUUGACCACACAGCAGGCUUGCCCUGCCAGGGGACGUUUUUGCUCCAUCAGGGCAUCCAGCGAAGGAUCACAGUGACCAUCAUCCACGAGAAGGGGAGUGAACUCCAUUGGAAGGAUGUUCGUGAGCUGGUGGUAGGCCGGAUCAGGAAUAAGGCUGAGGUGGAUGAGGCUGCGGUUGAUGCCAUCCUCUCUCUAAAUAUUAUCUCCGCCAAGUACCUGAAGUCCUCCCACAACUCCAGCAGGACCUUCUACCGUUUCGAGGCCGUGUGGGACAGCUCUCUCCAUAACUCUCUUCUUUUGAACCGAGUGACGCCCUAUGGGGAAAAGAUCUAUAUGACCUUGUCAGCGUACCUAGAGUUGGAUCAUUGCAUCCAGCCGGCGGUCAUCACCAAGGACGUGUGCAUGGUCUUCUACUCCCGGGAUGCCAAGAUCUCGCCUCCACGCUCUCUGCGCAGCCUCUUCGGCAGCGGCUACUCAAAGUCACCAGACUCCAAUCGAGUCACUGGAAUUUAUGAACUCAGUUUAUGCAAAAUGGCAGACACGGGUAGUCCAGGCAUGCAGAGGAGGAGAAGAAAAAUCUUGGAUACGUCUGUGGCCUAUGUGCGGGGAGAAGAGAACUUAGCAGGCUGGCGGCCCCGCGGGGACAGUCUCAUCCUGGAGCACCAGUGGGAGUUAGAGAAGCUGGAGCUCCUUCACGAGGUGGAAAAAACUCGCCACUUCCUGCUGCUGCGUGAGAGACUUGGUGACAGCAUCCCCAAAUCCCUGAGUGACUCGUCCCCCAGCCUCAGCAGUGGGACCCUCAGCACCUCCACCAGCAUCUCCUCUCAGAUCUCUACCACCACCUUUGAAAGCGCCAUCACCCCCAGUGAGAGCAGCGGCUACGACUCGACAGACAUUGAAAGCCUGGUGGAUCGAGAGAAGGAGCUGGCUACCAAGUGCCUGCAACUUCUCACUCACACCUUCAACCGGGAGUUCAGCCAGGUGCACGGCAGCAUCAGCGACUGUAAGUUGUCUGAUAUCUCUCCUAUCGGACGGGAUCCCUCUGUGUCCAGUUUCAGCAGUGCGACCCUCACUCCCUCCUCCACCUGCCCUUCUCUGGUAGAGGCUAGGAGCAACUCUCUGGAUCAGAAGACCCCAGAAGCCAAUUCCCGGGCCUCUAGUCCCUGCCCAGAAUUUGAACAGUUUCAGAUUGUCCCAACUGUGGAAACACCUUAUUUGGCCCGAGCAGGAAAAAAUGAAUUUCUCAAUCUUGUUCCAGAUAUGGAAGAAAUUAGACCAGGCUCCGUGGUCUCUAAGAAAGGAUACCUGCAUUUCAAGGAGCCACUUUACAGCAACUGGGCUAAACAUUUUGUUGUGGUCCGUCGCCCUUAUGUCUUUAUCUAUAACAGCGACAAAGACCCAGUGGAGCGUGGCAUCAUUAACCUGUCCACAGCACAGGUGGAAUAUAGCGAGGACCAGCAGGCCAUGGUGAAGACACCGAACAUCUUUGCUGUAUGCACAAAGCAUCGUGGGGUCCUUUUACAGGCUCUCAAUGACAAAGACAUGAACGACUGGUUAUAUGCCUUUAACCCACUCCUUGCUGGCACAAUACGGUCAAAACUCUCUCGCAGAUGCCCCAGCGAACCGAAGUACUAAGUGACCCUGCUGAGCAUCCUCACUUGCCUUCGAGAGAUAAAGAAAGUGUUGCCUCUUACUUCUCUCUGUGAUUCUUGAUGGCCCCUCUCGUGUGUAAGCCUGUGGGGUAACUGCUUUCCCUCCUGUCAACACUCCUGCUAGCUCUCCUGGUCCCCGUCUCCGUUGCUCUGUACCCUUCUCUUUUUCCCUGUGCUGAGAAUCUUGGUAGCAGCAUGUGGCCUAACAAGGGAGAAAAACAAACAACAACAACCCAGAGGGGAUCCAGUGAAUCUCCAAAUUAUUUUUUUGUGUCUUUGGCUUCCUUUUGUAUGAUAGGUCCCCAUUAUGACCCCCUGUGAUGUCUUGUACUGCUGUCUUUGGAUAUCUUUGUCUGUUUUUAAGACAACAUAAUGCUUUUCCUUUUCUCUCUUUGUGAUAUCACUUCAAUUUUGGGUGGGGGGGGUGGCUUAGAGACUACGGGAGGAAACAUCUGGCUUUUUUUAGAACCUAAAAGGAAAAAACUUACCUUUUCCCUUUCCAUCUCUUUGCCAUUGCUAAUCCCUGCAUUUUCCAUUCAGGGAGAAGGUUGUGGGGAGCUUAGAAAUGGCACAGGUGUAUUCUCUGGAAAUGGAGCUUAUUUAGAACGUAGUUAUACGGUUUUCUUUUAGUGGAAGAGAGAAGGGAGGACUUCUUAGCGGGCCUGGAACAGUGGCUGCUGCUGACCUUGUAAGAAGGGAGGGGCCGAGGAUACUGCCCGUGGAUUUGAGGGGACCGUGGGGCUUGACAGUGGGUCAUGACGGCGGGCUGACAGCAGGAUGAGGAUAGCUCCUCACAGCAGUGCUCCUGUGAACUGCUUUUCUCUCAGUUUCUCAUUUCUCUUCUUGGCAUUAGUGAUGGUACAGUUCGGAAUUAGUACAAUGUCAUACACAAACGUCCCACAAGGGGGGAGUGACUCACUUCUGCUAAUGAACUUGAUGGUCGUUGUUGUCAUUAUAAUUAUGGGAAUGCUGAGUAGUGACCUUGUGAUGGGUGUAGCUCCCUUUGAUCAAAGAAAUGUAACUCUCAAGUAUAGACUUGGAAGUCUCCCUCUGAAUCCAGUGGUCAUUUCCAAUGAUCCUUGUCAAACUGAAAAUACUUUCAGUAAUGCUUCUCCCUCUAUAAUCAUAAAUAAGCAGACUAGGCAGUCUUUGCUUUCUGGAUCCCGGGAUUAAAACCAAUCCCCUUCCACCACUAAAAAAAAAACAAAAAACCAAAAGGACACCUGGGGGCAGAGAAGAGGCGCACCUGAGUCCUGGCCCCAGUGGCUUACUGCUGCCUCCGCCUUCCCUCUCCUUGGUUAUCUUCACGGGAGUGGAAAAACUGCCAGAGGAGAAAGGAGGAAGCUCACUGCUGACAGUCUCCUUCUCUGACAGAACAGGGUCAUCCGCCUCCAGACGCCAUCAUGGAAGAAGAUACUCUUUCUUUCAGCUGCCAGUAAGUUUUACAGGAAUGGCCUGGGGAAAAGAAGGCCUGCAGGUUAAUUCAGCUGCUUUGCCAUCUGACCUGGGGUGUUUUGUACCAUCCUUUACCUCCCUCACGCACAUCUGUGUUUGACCAUCCCUCAGGCAUUCAGAAAAGUAUCUGCCCUCUCCCACCUCGCGGAGACUGAGGGUCUCCAGCCUUGAAGUUGCUGCCUCUCAGGUGGUGGGGACCGGCUGAUUUUCUGCUUCAGGCAGCAUAGGGCAGGGGCUGGUGCACGCUGUGGAAUAGAGCUGGGCAGGCACGUGUCAGCAGACCCUUGCUUCUGACUUUCUGGUUGGGCUCAUCGCUAAGAACAGGUCUCCUGGCCUCAGUAGAGUUGCCCUGCAAAGAGGAGGAAACAUGAAUCGUGGAGAGCUUAAAAGACAGGCUAGAAAUCCCAGGCUGUGACCUUAGCUGGAAAGUGAUCAAUAAAAACUCUACAGUAGUUUUUUUUAACUUCCUUCCUCUCCUUAAAACAUAGGUCAUUAACUGUGAUGUUGUUUGUUUUCUAAGCAGUACUUGAGGUUUUUAAUGUAGUUAGAGGUUCCUUAGUUGUCUAAUGGACACAAUAUGCCCUUCUGGUGUAGACUCAAAUCCAGGAUCUGUUGGUGCUUAGAGACCGCUCCUGGACUGGAAUGAAAUCUGAUUUCAGGGGAAAUGAAGAUGAAAUUCGAAGGUUACGUUGUAGAAUGAAGUCACGGGUGCCGCUGCUGUUUGUCACGAAGUCUGACAGAGGGACCCAUGUCCGUGACAGAGGGAGGUGGGGAGGGCUGAGGGGGAGUCACAUCAUGUGAUACACUGAAAUGGCAUUUGAUUUUUCUUCUCACUCAGAACUGGCUUGGAAAGUCUUUGCUUUGGAGGUGUCAGAGAUUAGGACAGGUAGAACUGGACUGUUGGUAACACCCGGGGGGAGAGGGCCCCCUGAGGAAGCAGGACAUCCGCGUCUGGCAGGGGUCUCUGGCAGGUGUGCUUUCCACCGAAAGUCUGAGGACAGCCCUUAUUGGUUCCCCCUUUUCCUCUAGCGGCCCAUAUCCAGAUUAUAGUUGGAACAGUUUCAGGAUUAAUGUUCCCCUUCUGGACAGAUCCAUCCCCACUUUCGAAGCUGAGAGAGCUUUUAUGGCAGGAACUAUUUAUGAGGAUUUAGCUGAAGCCAUGGUGGCAGAAAAAUUGAUAUUUGAUAUUAAUAUAAUAUUAAUACUGGUAUUUAAGGAAACUACCUUUUGAGGGUAUUUUUAUGUUUUUUUUUCCCUAAAGCACUCCUUUAAACAAGCAAAAAACAAAAAGAAAGAAAAAGCUCUUACACAAAUUAAGAAGAAAUGAGUGCUAGUUAAAAGUAAUCAUGUCCUCCCCUCCUUCCCCACCCUCCUUUCUCCUGCCAAAGCAAAACAGGACCUCACAGCCCACACCAAACCAGUGCCCACAGCCUCCUCACCUCUGCGCCUGCCUGGGAGUCAGCCAGCUCUCGGGCCAGGCUGUGCAGGGCCGACCAGCCGCGCACACAGCCAGGGUUGCGGGGAGGGGCAGCUGCUGGCAGCCGGGUGGGCACUCCAGUCCUAGCACAUCGUUAAAACACUUGCGCCAUCACUGUGAGGGGAAGGAAAAUGAUUUUUCCUGGCUAAGAAACCACUCUUGUUUUACAUUUUUAUUUCCCCGUUCAGCUACCAUUGAACUUCUAUAGCUACUCAUAUUUUCAGUGGGUUUUUUCAGCUCUUUUAAGAUGAAGGAAUAAGUUAAAUCAUUGGGAAAGAUCUUCAGGGAUCUAAAAAUAAAAUGACUUCUCCUGGCACAUUUCAAAGCAAAGACUGUAUUGCCUGCUGCUUGUUGUGGUUUACAGGGAUAUUUAAUUUUGUAAGGUAUUUGUAUAUUUAUACACUGUAAUUAAUUGCACAUUGGACUGGGAAAGAACGGAUGAUCUAGGGCGUAGCAGUUCCGGUACGCGCCAUUUCCUCACGCUGCGUCCACUCGGGUCCUCCAGGACGGGGUCAGGGCUUGUCUGUCUCUCUGACUUGGGUCCUUCGUUUUUGCUUUGGGUUCCCUUUCUAAAAUGUGAUGUUAACCUGCUCCUUAAAAAGAAGACACUAAUUCUGCUGCAGCUUUCAGAAGGUUUGCUGAAUGUAUUUGCAAGAGGACUCUGACUCGUGGGCACUGCACUGUCCACCAUGGCCAGUAACGACUCACCCCAGUGUGCGGCCAAACCAUGACCGUGUAGCAGGGAUGUACUGAUGGUGCUUCCGUAGGGAAUGGCAAUGUCAGCUGAGAGAUUAUCUGCGGUUGUUCAAAAGGCCAUUUAUGAAAUCCGGAUUUGAGCCCCCAUGAAUCUUAAGAAAGCCUCUGAUCAUUUAAAGGAAAGAAUGAGAGUUGAUGCAAAUUUCAUGUUAAAAGCUGUGCUCAGGAAGUCCGAGCUGAGGUUGGUCUCUUGCCAAACCCUGGCUGUUGCGUGUUGUCUUCAUGUCUUCAAGUUCCCUUUUUCCAGGCUGCACAUUCUGGCAUCAGCUCGCCUGAGGCCUCCAUCGGCCUUCUCGUGUGCAAGGGGCCACCCGUCGGGAUUUCGGGUCUCUUCUCACCAUCCGCGUGUGCUGCCACGGAACCCGUGGAGCACGUGUGGCCUUUCUGAACCAAGACUUUGCAAACUGAUCUCUCCCCAGCAAGGAGUUGAGCUCAUUAGCAACAAUGUACAUUAUUAAUUUCAGAUUUUCAUUUUCAUGUUUUAUUAUGUAAAUAUUAUCUGAUGUUGGAGCUUGAGUAUACAGAAUGUAAAUAUAGUUCUUGUAUUUGUACUAAUUCUGGUUCUUUUGCUGUAUAGCCUUAGAUGUGCAAUGCGGACAUUAUCUAACUGUGUAUGGUAACCUUGCAUCACGGAACUCCUAGUGAACGAGGUAAACAUAAUAAAGGUACAACCAGUGCAUCAGAA